CACCCGCGACUGAGUCUGCAACUCUCACUGCCUUUCCUCAACUCACAGUCGGGAACAGAUGAACGGAAUGGAUACAGAAGGGAGCCAAAGCAGCCUGUCCUCCGUGGACAACUCCCCCCACGAUCCCUGCAAAAUGUUCAUCGGGGGUCUCAGUUGGCAGACAACACAAGAGGGAUUGAAUGAAUACUUCUGUAAAUUCGGCGAGGUGAAGGAGUGUAUGGUGAUGCGAGAUCCAGUUACGAAGAGAUCGAGGGGAUUCGGGUUUGUAACAUACAUAGACCAGGCUGGUGUGGAUAAAGUUUUGGCGCAAAACAGACAUGAGCUGGAUUCUAAAACAAUUGAUCCCAAGGUGGCAUUUCCUCGUCGAGCCCAACCCAAGUUGGUGACCAGGACAAAGAAGAUCUUUGUGGGUGGCCUCUCAGUGAACACAACCAUCGAAGACGUCAAGCAGUACUUUGACCAGUUUGGAAAGGUUGAUGACGCCAUGCUCAUGUUCGACAAAACCACCAACAGACACAGAGGUUUCGGCUUUGUGACCUUCGAGAAUGAAGACAUGGUGGAGAAAGUGUGUGAGAUCCACUUCCACGAAAUCAACAACAAAAUGGUGGAGUGCAAGAAAGCCCAGCCCAAGGAAGUGAUGUCACCUACGGGUACGGCUCGAGGUCGUGCCAGGGUGAUGCCCUACGGCAUGGACGCCUUCAUGCUGGGGAUCGGCAUGCUGGGCUACCCAGGUUUCCAAGCAGCUACGUACGCUAGCCGUGGCUACCCUGGCAUCACGCCUGGAUACACCUACCAGUUCCCUGAAUUCCAUUUAGAGAGGACCACCCUUCUGACAUCAUCCCACCCCUCUGAGCUCACAGCCAUUCCACUGUCAGCCUAUGGACCAAUGGCAGCAGCAGCAGCUGCUAUGAGAGGUUCCACCCAGUCGCGUAACGCAGGCUACCUAGGCACCAGCAGCCCUGGGCCAAUGGCUGACCUGUAUGCGGCAGCCAGUCAGGACUCAGCACUCAGCAGCUAUCUCAGCGCAGCCAGUCCUGGCCCCAACUCAGGAUUCGGCCACAGUCUUGGGGGUCCUCUUAUCGCUACUGCCUUCACCAACGGUUACCACUGAGCAGAUUUAGCAAAUCACCGGGCACGGGAGGAGGUCCCUUCUGCUGAUGAGCCAAUCAAACUGCUGUGUGCCUACCCAUGGCACAAUCCGAUUGGCGGCCACAGGUCAAACCCCCCCACCCCCUGGCUCCUCCUGACUCCACCCACCGACUGAAGAUAUUUUUUUUCUUUUUUUCUUCUGUAUCCUGUUUUCCUGUACUAAUAUCACUCCCUCUUCUCAAUCCCUUGUUUCUCCUAUCCUUUACCUUCACAUAGGUUUAUUUCAUUAGAUUACAAUGCUGUUUCUUUUUUUAAAUAUUGCUCUGGCUGAAAAAUAAGUGAGAAAAUAAUGUUUGUCGGUUACGCUCAAGGCAAACACAGAUUCUGUCAGAUUUGUUUUGCUUUAUAUUUGAGUUUUUUUUAUUUAAUCGCAAUGUUUUGAUGUAUUGUCUGUUCCGUUGACCUCCCUUUAAUGUGUUACUGAGGUGAGAUGGAGGAGAAGAGAGGAGUAGAGAGAGAUGAACUGGUGUGUGGGAUGGGGUCUCCUUGUCAAAAGGGGUACCUAACCCAUGUAAACUGAGGAAGAACAAAGAAAUUAUGUAAUUUCCAUUUUUAACAAACGUGUCACAGGAAACAUGAAAAGAAAACUAAAAUGUAUAUUUUGAUAGUUUUUAAAACAAAACAUUUGUAAUAUUGUUAUUAAUAUUGAACGCGACGAUAAUAAUGAUAAUCGGUAAGGUAUUUUAUUCCGUAAUUGGUUUUGAAAGGAAUGUUUUAUUUUCUUCCUGUAAAAUAUUGUAUAUAGAGUUUGAGAGGAGGGUGGUGUUGGGGAGGAGGGAGGGUGGUGUAGGGGAGGAGGGAGGGGAUGUUGAACUUUGAUCGGCAGGCGGGGUUACUAUUAAUCGUUCGGCGCCAUUUUAACUGGAAGUCUGCUUGACUACUACAACAAACGUGUUGUACAGUGGCAGGUAAUUUUCUAUUUGAAAGUGGCUAUCCCCUCGGCAUCUGUUUGGUGUUUAGGCCAACAACAUGCAUUAGCAGGGUUGAAGACUAGAUGAUAUUUGUAAAUAAGACGGAAUGAUAAGACCCUUUUCAUUAGAAAUUGGUAACAACAAGAGAACACGCUGGAAUUCUCACACAGUUGAGUCCUUUCCCUUUCAUUUAGUUUCUUACUGUAAACAUGGAUUAACGGUAGUGUGUGCAUUCCAAAUCUGCAUGAGUUAUGCCAGUAACUGAUUUCUAUUGAAUUGGACCCCUUAAAGGCACAGUCUUACCAAGUGACAUAACCAUAGAAGUAUAAUUACUUGAAUGGGGAUUCCUGUUCUAGUCAUUUUAUUUCUAUGGACAUGACAUCCACGUAUCCCUGACAGAGAUAAGGAAAAACUGAAGUGAGGCCCUGAAGGUUUUUAAUUGGCUAUGGUGAGGGUGCAUGGUCGGGGUUAAGGGGGAUUGGGUGGUCUUUAAUACAACUUUUGGGGGGGGAAAGUAUAUAUAUUUUUGCUCUAUUUUCCUUCAUUAUGUUUUAUUUUGUUUCUUGUUUCUUUCUUGCUGUUCUAUGUACGGUCAUAUGGACCGUAGAAACAAAUGAAGGACAUAUUUAACAAAGCAAUUGACUCUUAAAAAACGGUUACAUCAUGGUUGUAUUUGUCAUCUGAUGACCUUAGAAGGUGAUUGUGUCAUUAUGUGUGAACGUGUAUUUGUUUGUGUGUGAUGUGUGCGCGCACAAUAGUGAGGUGAAGUAUGGAACUAGCUAGAUUCUAAAAAAUCUUUUGACUGCCAUUUUGGUACUGAAAUGUUUGGCUGGUUCCAUUUUGGUCUACACCACGUAUCCUAUGUGUCCUUUCAGAUCUAGGGACUAGGGGCUAGGUAAACCGAAAUGGAACGCAGCCUCUGUCCCAAUCCGUACAUAAAAGAGGUAUACACAGACCAGUAGCUGGAAUGGAGGAGGAGAUGAUAGUGGAAUUGUCCCCUCUCUUUUCACAGAGCUAUUUCAAUUUCAAAUUAAAAUUAAAAAUGAUGUUCCACAAAGUCUUCCACUAAACAUGAACAAGAAUCUCCCAUUUUAUACUGGCUAGUACUGCCCUUCUCGGACUGGCUGGGGCACAACACAAAACUACUGCUGGACACGAACACUGUAACUUUUUAACUUACAAAAAGCAAUAAGUUAUUUUUUAUCUUAGGAAUAAUAAUACUGCUAUUAAUGGCAAUAUGAGUAUAGCAUUUACUUUUUUUCAGAACAAAAGGAAAUUCUAUUUUUCUCUUGACCGAUUUCGUUCCCGGUGUACAAUAAUGAUUCAGUGAUUUUUAAGAUGCUGGUGUUUUUUGUUUGUUUAUGUUGAUGCUUUCUUCAGGGUCGGAAAAGGGGCAAGGUCUUGGUUGUUAAAGCUCCAACUCCAAGGUCUUGGUUGUUAAAGCUCCAACUCCAAUGUCUUGACCAACACUGUAACUAAACUUUUAUUUGGACUGUUCCCCACCUGCUCAUAUUGUAUUUCUUUUUUUUUCUCCUCUGGAAAUGUCCAUUUUAAAAUUCCUAAUAAAUUAUUUUAAAGCAUUCCA